UGGUCGUCUGAGGGAAGAUCCUUAAUGCGCUUGUGGACUACUUGGACUUUCCUAAUGCGUCUUGACGAAGUGGAGUACGGUAUUGCAUACUGAGGGGUGUAUACCUCCACGAUGCGUUUCGCGAGAAAGGGGUAACUUCGUUUCUAGGCAGUUGUUCUGGGGGACUUCUGUAUAUUUAACACUACUUUGGUAGGUGGGAAGAGGAAGAAUGAAAGAGGUCUUCCAACGGAGCGGUCGUAAACAUGAACGGUGCCCUUUACAUUUCGUUUUUCCAAGGUCAGCUGGAGUCCGCACUGGAACAGGUAGUGCAGCUCGCCGUUCAGGAAAUCACCAAGACUGUUGGGGCCACGUUGAAUUCAAUGCUAUUGGAAACGGCCACCAAAGAGCAAGAAAAUCAGCGUUUAAGGGCGACCCUUCAGUCUCGUGGAGGGAACGGGAAUAGCAAUGCGUCUAAGAGAAAAACAGACAAGAACGAUGAAACAAAGCAACACGCCCCCAGUCAAAGCCCUGAAUGUGGCGUUCAAUCUGAAACGCUCAGGCGUGACCAGAAAGCGCGAGCAGUUGGUCAGUUAAAAUCUGUUAUGGAACAUGUGCUGGAAUUCGCUGUUUGUGAGCUGACUAAAAUCGUGGAAGACAGCUUUGACGACCUGCUCUCGGAGUUCACCAAGAAGGAGCAGGAAAACCAGAUAUUAAAAGAGCAGUUACAGGACAAGAACAUAGUGGAGGACAGUGAUGUGCUUGCUGUGGAAACGGAGGACCGCGAAAACGACUCUGCCUCUCCUAGCAGUUCCAAAGCGGAAAAGCAAGAGUCGAAAGGCCUGCAGGACCAAUCGCACAAAAAAGAGUGGGAAAAAACUGAAACCACAAAUGAACCAGACAAGCAGACUGUCAUUGCAGUGGCUCAGGACUGGGUGCCCAUCCUGGACAAAGUCUUCGGGCAGAAGUGGUGCAGUGACCUCUGGCAGUUCAAAGAGGUCACCACCAGUAAAGAGGAGCGCACUGGGCUGAGCUCGGGUGACGAAUCUCAAAUCAGAUCCCCGUCAAUGUUGCAAAGACUCCUGACGCUUCCUUCCCAACUUCUUGAGGAUGACGAUGAGUCAAUGGAUGCCGUUCCCAGUAUGGAAGUGUCCACAGAUCCGGCUGAUUCGCAAGUCGGUAAGGGCUCAAUGAGUGACCAGAUGAAUAAGAAAAAGGAAGAGGAGGAUAAUGAUGAAGAGGACAACGAAGAUGGCGACGAGACGACGGACAGGACUGAGUCCUUGAAACACAAAGGUGGGAGAAAAUCCCAUGCUUGCAAAGAGUGCGGCAGGAAGUUCAGCCGAGCGCAUCUUCUCAGAGCCCAUCGACAAACGCACGAGGAGACGCCCAACCGAUGCCCACAAUGUGGAAAGAGUUUCUCCCAGUCUUCAAGGCUCCAGGCUCACUUACGGACGCACACGGACAAAACGAUAUGAGAGAGUGUAGAUGAAAGAAAUUUAGGAGAAUAGGUGGAGAGGUUUUCCAGUGAUUUGUUGCUUCUCGAAGUGAGUCAGACUUUCAAAUUCAUUUCAAGUACUGAUAAUGGAAAUGCAAGAAACAUGUAGCCUUUUUUGCUAGUUUGAAGGUACACUGAGGUAAUUAGACAUCCAACACAAUUUAAGAUGUUUUUACCUCCAUUUCGUUUCCCUAAUUUUAGGGAUUAUUGGAAGAAGCAAAUACUAGUAACAACAAGCUGUGUACACAGUGUAAAUAUCAAAGUAGGGCUGCAUAGACCAUCACAAUAAGGAUAGAAGAAUUUCCUUUUUCCAUUGGGUGUUUUUUCAUAAUUCAAGUUUUAAAAGAUCCUAAAACGUUGUAAAUAUUUUAAACACGUUACAUGAAGAUGUCGUGGAAAAGGAAUUCGCUAGUUAAUAGGCCCAUGCAGCAUGCUGGUCUUGUUUCUUUUUACAACAUUUGGAACGUGAUCAAACGAACCAGAGAUAGCGUAACGCGUCUCCUGCGAUCGAAUCAACCAGUUUUUCAUACGUCCUUACCGACUUAGUACUCAACAUGAAAUACCUCGUGUUCAGAUGUCAUACUGGAUUUUUAUAUAAUUAAAGUCUUGACUUACAUGUCAGAUUCUAGAUGUUUUCUUCAACCUUUCGCCAUGGGUCGAGGAUGGCUUACAGUUUUUGACUUGAACUUGCACACUUGUCAUCGAUUGCAUGACGUGCACAACCAAGGAUAUCUUCAAGAGGCAAGGAGUCUGAGGACGAGAUGACAAGAAAAUUGCAUUGAAAUGGUUAUUGGAAAGAAACUUGAAGCUCCUAACUCUUCAUAUUCUCAUUUCAUUGACUUUAAAAGAGGAUCUGACUUUCCUAGUAUCCUCAACUAGAGUAGCGUCUUCCUGUUUGCGUGAAGUGUUCGCAUGGCUCAACAUCUUGAACUUGGAGAAAUGCUCAGUUGCCGGUUGUGAAAUUUGGUUUUCCCAGCAUCGGUGGCAUGUAUCUGAAUACGUAGUCUUCCUUAGGGAAGCCGUUAUCUACCAUUUCCAGAGAGGCAGACGGAUCCUGCACUUACAAUUUACGCCCUGUAUCGAAGGGAUAUAGGUCCCACCUGUUACGCACAUUCCCACUCUCGACCCUGACUUUUUACAAUAUCUCUGUCAGUAAUAAGCAUGAUGGGGGGAAAAAAAAGUACAAGGUGUUACUGAUCAAUACCUCAUCGAUGGGACCAUAUCUUUCGGGACUUCUGCAAUAUCAGGAGUUAAGGUCCUGCUCAAAAAAAAAACAAAAACGUUUACAAAUGGAACGGGACCGGCCAGUUGGCCUGCUUAUUUGAUUGUGCAUUUAAAAAUGUGGCUUAUUUUAUUUUACGCUACUUAAUGUCCCUGUAGGAAGGUACCAAGAACUUGCGACCCAAAGAUUACAACGAAGGGAAAACUUUUUCGACCAUACAUACUCUUAUAGGAUUGUAUUGCUUUUUUUUUAACAAUAUGGGCCAUUACAUUUUACAUUAUGAACCCUAAGCUUCUUUCAGAUGUAUUGAGUAUUGUAACUUCAUUAGUAGACUAUAAUGAAGUACUUUAUCUGUUUAGUGCCUAGAUUUAACCAUUCAAUAAGCUGAUCUUAUAGGUGUUGGUGAUGAUUGUGAGGUUAAUUAAUUGUUUAGCACCCUGCCUUUGUUAAAAAAAA